AUGGCAAGCUUCGCGUCCCGCAUCAGCGAUCGCUCUUUCCAUGGGGCCAAGGAAGCACUUGCUAGUCCAUCCUGGUCGUUGCGCCACUCACGCUCCCUAUUGACCAACAUCAUCAUCCCCUCCCUGUUCUUGUGCCACGCCGCCACCGCCCUCCCCUCAGCCCUCCAAAGGAAGGCCGAUAGUUCCAAGGCCCCCGCCACCAUCACCGCAACAGACGACGACACUCCCUCCACCGCGCCGACGCUAUCAACCUACCUCCCCGCCCAGAUCGGAGGCAUCGUCGGAUCCUACGCCCUCUCGCUCGUCAUUGUCGCUAUCGCGCUGCUCAUCUUAUCCAAGAGGCGCAGGGAACAUCUCAGCGCUGGUGAGAACGAGACUGAAUUUUUGCAAAACGUCGACAAGCCGCAGGCCGCCGUUGUCGUUCAAGAAGAGCGGGUGUACGCCUGGCCUCCUACAUCUCCUCGAAGCAUUCCCCGUAGCCCCGUCAUACUCAACGGCGACGCUGGUUACGCCUCUAUAGACUCGCCCCUUGCUUACACUCCUCAAACUCCCCGCCUACCGGAGCACCAGACUUACGUCUUCCCUGCUUCGCCCACGUCUACUAUUCGAUCACCCCUUGGAGUUGACCACACCGUCGACCAGAGAAUCGUCGCCGCGGACAGAGUCAUGGCUCAAACUCGCCUUGAGGACAUGUACAAAUAUGUCCUGGAACAUGAGGAGGCCAAGCUUAAUGGAGUAGAGGCUCCUCCCGAGCGGGCCCGGCCCGCGCAGCUCAACCUCGGUGCGGGCGCCGGGGAGGAGAAGCGCCAGUCCAAGGCUUCCAGCCUCUUCUCCUCCCUUAUGUCCCCCAGAAGGAGCAAGAUGAAGGGCGUUAGCAUCUCCUCUCCCAUCAUGACCCCCAUGUCCGGAACCUUCCCCGCGACCUGUCUUGCCCCUGACCCCGGAUCGCUCCCCGACGGCACCCAGAGCAUCGAUGAGAGGAUUGGCGUCGCCGCCAUGGAGGGGCGCACUCACACCCGCAACGUGUCGUUUGCCCCUACCGAGGCUGAGCCCGAGUCCGCCGUGUCGACACACUCGCAGAGCCCUCUGGGGCCCAAUGACUUUACCUAUCCCCUCGAGCCCCAAGCCCGGUUCGAGCUUCUCGCGGCCCAACGCCCCCACGGCCGUGAGGACGGGUGGAUCGUUGCCCCUCCGUGCCUACGAAAACCCCUUGGCCUCCCCCGAUCCACCAACGCCAGCACCAAGCAGACCGUUUUCGAGCGCACUGGACCCCUCUCUCCAAGCGGGGCCAUGACGCCUUUCACUGGCAUGGCGGUGCCCUACUCCCCUUACCAGCCCUACACUCCCUGCGUCCCCAUGACCCCGUCCCUCGUCACCAAGGCUGACAGGAAGCGGAUGAAGAGGUUGGAGCCCAAGACGCCCACCGUGGAAAUGGUUAAGAGCAGCGAGGAUAUCUGGUAA